ACCUGCUGCCUAAGGCUGGGGAUGUCGUUUCCACAGCCUUACCGCAUCAAUACGAGACCGAUACCCUUGCAUGUGAGAAAAGUGGCGUGGUGUGGUGUGGUGUGGUGGUUGUUCUUGUCUCUUCACCAGUGCCCCCCCGGCUAUGUCAUCCACACCGCGGGGGGCUCUGUGCUCAUGGCCAUGGGGGCCCAGUGAAUAGAGGGAGCUUGCUCUUUCCCCAUGCAUUGCAAUGAGCAUCCACCAUGAGGAAGGACGAACAACGGUAUCAACUCGCUCCAACCGCGGAGGAGGGAGAAGACCUCAACGACCAUGAGACCCUGUCCGAGACCGCGGGGAAACGCGCGACCCCCAGCCCGCGCCAGCGCACCCAGCUGCGGAUACACUACAGCAUUAUCACGGUCGCAUACACGCUGCUCAUCCCCCUCUACCUCCUCCUCCUGACCCAUAACCCGCUCGCCCUCGACAGACUCAUCACCACCCCUAACAACGCCAUCUUCCCGUCCCUCCGCACCGCCAACGCCGUAGGGUACGAAACCCGCCCGUGGCGCGUCCGCCUCCACGACAACCCCUUCGCCGGCAAACCGCGGCCGGAGCUCGAGGCCGCCUGGCACAUGCUGUUUGAGAAGAACAACAUCCGCGUCACCGAGGAGGACCUCGCCUUCUACAACGUCACCUCGCUCCCGAUCGUCGGGCCCGCAGGCGAAGGUCCUGGGGGGUUCGUCGGCCAGCUGGGGGUGUUCCACGAGCUCCACUGCCUCAAGCGCAUCCGCCACUGGAUCUACCGCGACCAUUAUCUGGCGGACGCCCCGGCGGCGGUGCUGGUGGAAGAGGAGGCGCACGUCGACCACUGUGUCGAGUUGCUCCGGGAGGCGAGUCUGUGUCGGGCGGACGUGACGCUGAGUGGGUUCCGGUGGAUUCAGACCGGUCCGGAGGGCAAGCAGAAGGAAUUGACGGUCGAAGCCAAGGGGAAUCAUGUCUGCAUCGAUUGGGAGCGACUGCGGGCGUGGAAUGAUGCACGAGCGGUGGAUGCGUGGGAGCCCGGGGUUCUGGGUGGCGCUUAGACUGAUGACUUCACUCUAUGUAUAUGGCAGAUGGCUUGGACUUGUAAAGAUCAUGAUCCAUUAUAGGUUGAAUAGAAUAAAGAAACUCGUGGUCUGUAUACACUGCAGAGAAUGCUAGG